AUGGACUCCCACGUCCUGGAGAUCAACCUGAUCUCCGCUCAGGGCCUCAAGCCGCCGUUCGGCCUCCGCCGCGUCCAGGCCUAUGCCGUCGCCUGGGUGGACCCCGCCUUCAAGGUCCGCACCCGGGUCGACCGCACGGGCGGUGAGAACCCCACCUGGAACGACAAGUUCAUCUUCCGCGUCCCCGCUGGCUUCCUCGCUGACGACUCCACCUCCGCCGUCUCCAUCGAGAUCUACGCCGCCGCCGGCUGGAUCCUCCCCGACCCCCUCCUCGGCACCGUCCGCCUCCUCGUCGGCAACCUCCGCCUCCUCUCCCGCCGCCGCGCUUGCCCCGCCUUCGACGCCGUCGGCAUUCGCCGCCCCUCCGGCCGCUUCCACGGCAUCCUUAACGUCGGCGCCACGCUUCUCCACUGCGUCUCCCUUGUCGCCACCGAGGCCCUCGCCGCCUGCCCCGCCGUCGGCUACCGCGACCUCAUGGGGAAGGAGGCCUCCAAGAUCCGGCGCUUCCCAGUGACGCCGGCGGCGGCGAGGGGUGUGGAUACCACCGCCGGGGAGGAUCCGGCGCUCCAGGGAUGGAACGGGGGGCAGGGAUCAUCGGACGGCGGGGAUGAGGAGGAGAGAUCGGACGGUGGGGUCGUGCUGUGCGGGCCCUGCUGCCUGGGGUUCCCGAGGCGGAUCCAUCUGAACCCAUCGGAUCCGAACCUGAAGCUUUCGUAGACCGAGGGGAAACCGGCCGAAGAUGGACGGCCCUGAUCUCCCCGAUCGGAGUCACCGCAGAAUUUGAUUGCUCUCUCCCCGUUUCAUUCGUUUAGCUUGGUGGUGUUGGGAACUCGUUGAUUGUUCUUUAGAUUUGCCUAUUCUUUUGGUGGUAUUAUGGA